AUGGCUUUACUCUCCGCCAAACCUGUCGCAGCUCACACGAUGGCCACGCCGUCCAUGACCAGCCGCAACUUUUCGUCCAAAUCCUCCACCGGCACCCAAGCCUCAUCCUCUGCCACAGUACAAGAUGGCCUGUUCACCUCUCCCACUGAUUCCGAAUUCUCCGACGCGUCAGACGGUCUAGAUUCGAUCCGCAACUGGGAUGAGAAGACAGUAGUGGACUGGCUACACUCGAUAAGAUGUGGGCAAUACGAGCAACUCUUUGAGAGCAAUAAUGUCACAGGCGAGACUUUGCUGGAAUUCGAUCAGAAGAUCCUGGCUGAACUGGGCAUAAAAAAGAUCGGUGACAGGGUUCGCAUCAAUGUUGCCAUCAAGCAGCUACGAAACAAGGCGACCCUACUGCGCACAAAGAGAAACCGCGACUCGCUGGCAGCUCUCGAAAACUACGGCGUUCCACCGUCGGCUUCCGACUCCCCUCGAACACAUGCCUCUCGAUCACAGGCGGGAUCUGCCAAGCGAUUCUCUCGCCAACUCGACCCAUCGGCACUGCAGCAUUUCAACUCUGCAGGCACUGGCUUCAAGACCGGAUCCCGACCCAGUUCACCUUUGGCCGAUGUCCAUAGCGCUGGUCUCCGCGCCCAUCGUUAUGCUGCCAGCCCCAUGGAAAGUGGCAGACGAGACCCGAAUGCUAAUUACUUCAGCCAGCCUAACUCUGCCAACUCGUCAUCUGGUCGACGGCCCGAGACGCCCCAACUCGCGACCAAUUCAAGAAGCCACCAUCUCCGUCAGAACUCCAGUAUAGACGGUCUGACCCCUGGCGGCCUGCCAUCAAACACACCAGUGAUCAAGAUCAUCCACAAUGGCGGCCAGACGAAGGUGGUCAACAUCAAAUUCUGCAAGCACGCCGAUGAUGUGACCUCAACGGUUCUCCGCAAAGUGCCAACUUUGAACGAGGCACAUUUCCGCAACUACUGCUUUUACGUGCUCAAUGGUCUAGAGCCGAAAGCUACGAGCUGUCGUAGGGUAUCCGAUAAUGAACUGAUGCAGAUCUGCAACGAUCCUGGCCGCUCAGAACGGAAUCGGCUCAUACUGCGGAAGAUCAACGAUGGGCCUCCUGAUAUGGAAGAGCUCGAAAAAGCUGCUAGACUUGCGGCUGACGAAUCCCAAGUUCUCCACUCUAAUGCGCUGAGCACAAACAACAUGCGGAACCAGAUCAAAUUGCAGAAAUUGACUGGCGAAUCGUGGCACCAGAUCCAAGCCGUGCCAAUGUCGCCAGUUACCACUACAGAUCGCAAUCGUAACGUUAUGGCCACCGCCGACGAGUUUGAGCGACAGGAAGCCCAGCAUCUACGCCCACUAGCCCAAAACAGCAAGCUACGCUCUUUCUUCGGUGCUCGUCCACCCAGUGAGAUGAUCGCUCAGGAGCUGACAUCCUACUUCCCCAAGCAUCAGAGAGAAGACAUUGAAAAGACCAUGCGCCUGUCGGUUCGAAGAAGUCAGCGCAUGAGUCGUGCCGCUAGCCGGUUGAGUGUGGUGAGCAACGUGAGCAUGGCUUCAAGUUUGAGGGAUGCACCACCGGUCCCCAGUCUGCCAAAUCUCGCCAGUGCCGCCGAUGCAUGGCUGGCUUCUAGCGGACAGCUGGCCAAAACGUCCCAAUCAAGGCCCCUAUCAGUGUCCAGUCGUUUUGGACUCAAUAGUGCUACCUUCAGAGACUCGAUCGCUUCAUCAUCGUUGCAGCCAUUGCAAGAAGAGUCGCCAAGUGAGCCCAACAGGAAGUCGUACGUCUCUUUUGACAGCGGGUCGGACUCUGCUACUCAAAGUGAUGCGCCCAGAAUCAGCUUCAUGGAUUCCGGUAGUCCGAGUGGUGCAGGGGACAUGAACCGGCGUCUAUCGAUGAUGGUCGCCGAAGAUGGUGAAGAGGAGGAUGUCGCCCUCAAUUCCUUCCUUGCAGGCAACAGUUUCGAGAAGGGUAAUUGGAUGAAGGGUGACCUCAUUGGCGAAGGUUCCUUUGGCAGUGUUUACCUGGCGCUCCAUGCCGUCACUGGCGAGCUUAUGGCUGUCAAGCAGGUGGAGCUACCCAACGUCACCAAAGGUACAGAGGGUGACAAGAAGAAGAAUGUCAUGAUCACCGCGCUCAAGCAAGAGAUCGACCUCUUGCAAGGCUUGCAUCACCCCCACAUCGUACAAUAUCUGGGCACCUCCUCGGACGAAGAUCAUUUGAACAUUUUCCUCGAGUAUGUACCUGGUGGGUCAAUCGCUGGGAUGCUUAAGCAAUACAACACUUUCCAGGAGCCCCUGGUACGGAAUUUUACGCGACAGAUCUUAGAAGGAUUGUCGUACUUACAUUCGCGGAACAUCAUACAUCGCGAUAUCAAGGGCGCCAAUAUUCUUGUGGAUAACAGAGGUGCAGUUAAGAUCUCGGAUUUUGGUGUGUCCAAGAAGACCAACUUCAAUGGCAUGAACGCCACGCCAGGUACACGAACAUCACUCCAAGGAAGUGUUUUCUGGAUGGCGCCAGAGGUGGUCAGACAAUCAGGCCAAAGCCUGAAGUCUGACAUUUGGUCAGUCGGCUGUCUGAUAGUGGAGAUGUUUACCGGAAGCCGACCAUUUCCCAGCAUGACAACACUUCAGACUCUAUUCGCAGUUGGCAGCAAUAACGAAACACCGUCUAUUCCGGAAGCAGCCAGCGAGGAGGCCAAGGGCUUCUUAGCCAAGACAUUUGAGGCUGACCACACAAAGCGCCCAGGAGCUGACGAGCUGUUGAAGGAGAGAUUCUUGCAACCCAUGGCUUGA